AUGUUUCGCCUACGACGGAAGCGCAAGCCGCCCCACGAAUACUGGUCGUCGAAGCGCCUCAAAAAGGGAGGGACUAUCAACGGACAAGCUGCAAGCUGCGGCUAUCUGCUUCUGAAUGACGCCGCAGAGGAUGACUACACUGACUACGAACGCCAGCUAAAAGACUACCCGGACGAGAUCCUGCUGGCCUUGGAGUCGAACUUGGUGUCCGGGCGGCCUGUCUCUGAGGUUCGCGGCCGUGGCCCCGCUUCCAAGAAGCCACCCCCGGGCAUCCGGUCACGCGGAGGCGGGUUCUAUGUCGCCAGAGUAAUGUUCAAGGACCUCCGCAUUGUGACAGCGCGGGCGCCUUUGCACCAAGCGCUGCAAUGGCUGACUUCCUUGAGCUCCCUUCGAUGCACAGCGUGCACACGCGCUUCGAACUCGCACGAGCCGCUGAGCCUGCCCGAGCUCGCGAGCGAGAUGGAGAGAGGCGAUGGAAGUCUAGACCUUCGCUUUGAGACGGUCUUGGCCAAGUCCACGUUUAGGUUUGGAACGCCUUCCACUUCCAACCUCCCGCUCGCCCUGAAGCUGCGCGAAGAGCUCCUCUCCAUCACGGCAAGCACCCCGAAGCGCAGCCUCGCAAAGGUGGUUUCCAAAUGGCAGACGGCUGCGAAAGCCAGGGUGCUGGCAGAGAAAGAGUCGCAGCCAGUGAAGCAGCGGAAGCUUCUGGCUGCCGUAGCGGCAGAGCGCACUAGGCGCAAGUUUCAGGUAGGGAACCAGCUUCAGCAGAUGCUGGGUUAUCCUGGCGAUGAUCGGCAUGCCGUCGCGCAGCUCAGGGACGCCACGCCUGGGAUGUUUGGCAAGAUGCGAGCGCUGUUGCGUCAGCUCGUGCGGCCGCGAACCAUGCAGGCUCGUCUCUCGCGGCGACCGCGUGGGAUCUUGCCAGCUGCGGUUCGCCACGUGCGUCCUCUGCAUUUUCUUUCCAUCAAAGAAGUGCUGCAAGUUAGCGCCAUCUCCAUCGCCAGCUAUGACGUCGCGAUGGAUUCACUGAGGCUGCGGCUGCGCAGCUUUGUUUACGAGCCGAGCUUUCUGGACGGCCCAAAGGAAUCUCGGAGAGGACGCACGCUCACAAUGCCUGCAGCGAAGCAGGUGACGCUUUUGCUGGAAAUGCUUCGUGCGCCGCACCUGUCACCGCUUUUCUUCGAGGUGGACUUGCGGAAGGUCCCCUUUGACGUGGAGAGUAUGGGAGAGCUGCCGGGAGUCCUGGCUACAAUGAGCUCUUUGUCGCUCCUGCAGCUCCGCACACCAUCCCAGGAGUUUCUGGCCAGCACUUCGCGCUGCCGUAUCUUCGACGCGAUGCCUGCAGGUGCCUCCUUGGAGUUCCACAAGGAUCAACGCGUGGUUUGGUUUGGAAGCAAGACAUAG